GUUUUAAUUUUAUUGUAAUCUGUAGUUGGUGGAUUCUUGUUAGUGAAUUGGUGAUUAAUCGGUGAUAAUCGUUACAAUAUUUAAUAUUUUUGUGAGGAGAAAAUAUCUUUUCUUUAAAAAAUGGAGAAUCCCAGUGGAACUUCUGGUCCAAGAGUAAGCGACAAACGUUUAGCACAAACGCAGGCAAAAGUAGAUGAGGUCGUUGGUAUUAUGCGUGUCAAUGUAGAAAAAGUUUUAGAACGAGAUCAAAAACUCUCCGAACUAGACAACAGAGCUGAUGCAUUGCAGCAUGGUGCUGCUCAAUUUGAACAGCAAGCUGGUAAGCUUAAAAGGAAAUAUUGGUGGCAGAACCUGAAAAUGAUGUUAAUCAUUGGCGGAAUAGGAGUCGUUUUGCUUAUCAUUAUAAUUGUUUGGGCUACUUCUGGAAGUGGCAGUUCAAAUCCUGCGCCCCCUGUCGUGCCACCCGUCACCGAAGCUCCAUCUGGACGAUAAAUAUCUUCAAAUUUGAUAAACAACAGGCUACACCCUAACUUCUUACUAUAUUUAUAUGAAAAUACACAAAAGUUGACUGAUUACAUUAUAUACAAAGGAAAAUAUUUUGUAGGUUUAUUAUCUUUACACUUACUCGUAAUCAGUGUUUUUGAAAUCUUAUCAGAUACUAAAACCUAUAUUUCACUACAAUAUAAUUGUAUUAUAUAUAUAUAAAAAAAAAAACUAUUUGAAUGUAUAUCAUACAUAGUAAUAUUUUUCUAAGUCCUAUAUAUGUUUUCAAACGUGUCGCUUCUUAAAGUUGUCAGCGGUGUUAUUGUGAUAUAAUUAAAGACCUUGGCCAAUUUACUAAAAAUAUUCUUAAGACUAUAAUUACUCAAAAUGGAUGUUAACUAAGAAUUUACAGAGCUUAUUUACCGUUACAAAAUUUUCUAUAAUAUUUACACGACUACUAUACAUUAUUAUACGAAGGAAUGGUGUUACUUUCUUUUUAUUAUUAGCUAAUGUGUUGUAUUAAUUUAUAUGAAGGAAUUUGCUUUGUAAACUCUGCUUUUCAAUUAUUACUACUAAGCACAAAUUGUAUUAGUUACGGCACAUAUCUGCAUACAAACUUUACAGUAAAUUUGUUAUAAUUCCGUUAGUUUUUCAUUUAUUCCAUUUGCAUUUCUACAUCACCGGGACCAAUUCUGUCGACUGCACAAUGUAAGGUCCUCUGAAACCUUUAAUGUUGAAAAGUAAGUUGAUGUUGUAUGUUUAAUCUAUAUAACUUUAUCUAGUUGUUUUGUAUUAUAUGAAAUAAAGAUAUUUAUUCUUGAAAAA